GCAGUGCUCGCGGACGCACGGCCGGACCGCGCCGCCGCCGCCGCUGCUGCUGCUGUCGCCGGCCGCCGGGGCCUGCGGGCGAGUGCGCGGGGCCGCCCGAGCUGCAGGAACUUUAGAAAGCACCCUCGUGGAGGACGAUAAAGUGCACCCACGGAGCGGCAGAGUGGAUCAGAGGUGCAUAUGGCCACCAUGAAGCUGCUGCGCCCAGCCCUCCCUGGCUACUUCCUGCUGACCCUGCUGGGCCUGUGGAGAGCUGCCCCCAAGGCCCACGCCGUGGCCACUGCCACACCGGCCAUCAGUGCUGCCUCUUUCCUGCAAGACCUCAUGGACCGCUAUGGCAAGGGGGACAGCCUCACCCUGCUGCAGCUGACGACCCUGCUGAACAACCUGCAUGUGGGAGUGGGCCGGGAGAAUGCGACCCAGCCCCUGCACGGGCACCGGAACCUCUCCACAUGCUUCAGCUCCGGGGACCUGUUUGCUGCCCACAACCUCAGCGAGCAGUCCCGCAUCGGGAGGCGCGAGCUCCAGGAGUUCUGUCCCGCGGUGCUGCAGCAGCUGGAUUCCCGCGCCUGCACCUCCGGGAACCAGGAGAACCAGGAGGACGAGCAGACGGCAGAGGGCGGGCCGAGCGCCGUGGAAGUGUGGGGAUACGGUCUCCUGUGUGUGACCGUCAUCUCCCUCUGCUCCCUCAUGGGGGCCAGCGUGGUGCCCUUCAUGAAGAAGACUUUUUACAAGCGGCUGCUGCUCUACUUCAUAGCUCUGGCGAUUGGAACCCUCUACUCCAACGCCCUCUUCCAGCUCAUCCCCGAGGCCUUUGGGUUCAAUCCUCUGGAAGAUUAUUAUGUCUCCAAGUCCGCAGUGGUGUUUGGGGGCUUUUAUCUUUUCUUUUUCACAGAGAAGAUCUUGAAGAUGCUUUUGAAGCAGAAGAACGAGCAUCAUCAUGGGCACAGCCAUUAUGCCUCUGACACGCUGCCUUCCAAGAAGGACCAGGAGGAGGGCGUGACGGAGAAGCUGCAGAAUGGGGAGUUGGAUCACAUGAUCCCCCAGCACUGCGACAGCGAGCUGGAUGGCAAGGCCGCCGCGGGGGACGAGAAGGUCAUCGUGGGCUCGCUGUCCGUGCAGGACCUGCAGGCCUCCCAGAGCGCCUGCUACUGGCUGAAAGGCGUCCGCUACUCUGACAUUGGCACCCUGGCCUGGAUGAUCACCCUGAGCGACGGCCUCCACAAUUUCAUCGACGGCCUGGCCAUCGGCGCCUCCUUCACCGUGUCCGUGUUCCAAGGCAUCAGCACGUCUGUGGCCAUUCUCUGCGAAGAGUUCCCGCAUGAGCUAGGGGACUUCGUGAUCCUGCUCAACGCCGGCAUGAGCAUCCAGCAGGCACUCUUCUUCAACUUCCUCUCCGCCUGCUGCUGCUACGUGGGCCUGGCCUUCGGCAUCCUGGCCGGCAGCCACUUCUCCGCCAACUGGAUCUUUGCGCUGGCCGGUGGCAUGUUCUUGUACAUUGCUCUGGCUGAUAUGUUCCCCGAGAUGAAUGAGGUCUCCCGAGAGGAUGAGAGGAAGGGCAGCGUCUUGAUCCCCUUCGUGAUCCAGAACCUGGGUCUCCUGACCGGAUUCUCCAUCAUGCUGCUGCUCACCAUGUACUCGGGACAGAUCCAGAUCGGCUAGCGGCCCCGGACCGUCCGGUCCCUGGCCCUGGCGUCCGCCGAGCACCACGGAGGAGGCCAUGGGUUAAAGCCUGCGACCCUGACUGUGCGUCCCUGUGUUCGGAUGCUGGCUGUUGUCACACCGCUCUGCCCUGGGAGUAAGCCAGGCUGGGAGCCAGCCUCUUGGUAGCUAGGUAGCGCCUCGCACCCUGGCCUUGCCCUCUCUCCUCCCACAGCGACUCUAGAAUCUCAAUGCACCUUCCAGGCCGAGCCGAGCCUGCUUCCCUCGUCACCCUGGCCUCUUUGUCUCGGAAUCAUCGCUCAAGAGAUUGCAGAUCUCUGUACCCUACAAUGCAAAAUCCAGCCGGUGGCCAGCACCUGGCUGGAAGCAGCAGGUGCAUCCGGAGUUGGGGCCCGUGAAUCUCCGUGCGGGUUCACAGGGGAACCACAGGCGGCCCGUUCUGAAGCCCGUUCUCGCUUGCUCUUAACAGAGAAGGGGCAGGCGACAGGAACCCCUCCCUCGCAGCUUUCCGAAGCCCUGGCAGUUGCCUGCCUCUUCUCUCAGCAGGCAGCCAAUAGGGGAGGCGGGCAUCACCGCGGGUCAUUGGAGGGGCAGGAGGCCCGGGGACUUGUGUGUGCUCGCUGGCUCCCGCUGCAGGUGCAUGGCUCCCCGGUGAGCAGGCGCGGGGACCCUCCUCUUCCUGGCUGUGACCCCCACCUCCCCUCCCCGGCUCCCAGCUUCCCUUAGAAGCACAUCCUGAGCACAUGUCUGCGUCCCCCCAGCACACUCAGACUCGGAGGCAGGGUGCGCGCCGCUGAGGCAGGGCUGAUCCAGAGUGGCAUCAGGCAGGCAGAAUUUAGGACUGGCCCGUCCCGUCCGUGGAAGGACGAGUUCGCGGCCGUCUCUGGAACUCGGGCUGCGGCCCCGUGGAUGUCACUGCUGCCGGCGGAUCUGCCCAGGUCGCCGCCGCCUCCCUCAGCCGGGACCCAGGCCAAGUCCUGGGUUGGCGAUGAAAUGCUCUCGUUCUCUCGGGACCGCGGACAGGCAGGCUGCUCUGUGGAGCUGGGGGGCCAGCCUCGGGCACUGGAGCCCCCUCCUCCGAUCUCCAGGUUCACUAGGUGAAUGGAUUUCCCAUUAUCAUAUUGAUAAUGCGAGACCCCUCGGCCCCUUUCUUAGAGGCGCCCACACUUGCAGCCCAGGGGCUCGCGUGGGUGACUGGCCGGAGGCCCCAGUCUGUUCUAGCUCCCUCAGUCCUGAAAAACAGCAUCUCCUUUGUUUUCUCUCACUGGACAACAAGCCCCGAGACCCCAGCUACUCUUGGGCGCGAGUGGGGAAGCCGCGGGGGCGACUUCCUCGGAGUGGCUCGGUUCUGAUCCACCAGCUGUGGUGGAAGUGGAUGACCGCCCACAACUCUGCUGAAGAAAAACCUUUGGUGACCAAGAGUCUCGGUUCAAAAUCAAAACCAACUCCUCCUAAGGGUUUUGGUCCACUUUUUUUAACCAAAGAACCAAUUCCUCGCGUGUCGGCAUCUUUAACGUUUUUGUGUUGUGAUCGUUAUUAUUGUUUUAAAGCAAUUUCUUCAUCUGUUCUGUGCUUCUUACACUGCUCUCGGGAGCCGGCAGAAGGUAACACUUGAAACAUAAGACUCUGGGAGAUCUUGCUGUACUUAAUUCACGUUGAUGUGUCAAGUGUAUAGCCUUAGCGUUCCCUGUGAGCCCUGUCAUUCAUUCCACAGAACCAUCCUGAGCUAAAGGUAGUGCUUUGUCGUUUGGGAGCUACAGAGUCUCUUUGUUAGCAAAUAGAGAAGCAAGCUUUGGACUAGGGCAGUGCAUUCCCUGUGUAUGUGCACCUGCAGUGACCCAAGAACCCGCCCUCACAGGCAAAGGCUCCUUGUUGGCACCGUAAUCGGUGUAGAGGCCAGACCCAAAGUCAAGCUCAAGCUUGGGACUGGCCGGGCUGCCAGGUCGUCUGAUUGUCGAGUUGCCAUUGGCAGUGGAUUGGCCCUGUGAGAGAUGUGGCAGUUCGGCUUUCGUGUGUUGAACUUGGCCGUGUUGGGCAUUUGUACACAGGAGACCUCCAUGGGGUAAUGGGUUGUUUGGAGGACUGUCCACACCCCUGACAUUAGCAUCUUCAGCCUUCUUUUUUUUCCCAGACAGACCAGCUCCUAAGUCCUCUUCCGAGGAGGUGAUAAUAUGCCAGAAAUCUGCUUUACAGGAAAUAAAGUCUGAGUUUUGCAGAGAGAGGUUAGGUUUUUAUUGUUAUAUUCCCUUCACAGUCCUACAGUUCCACCACAGUAUUUUUUUAAAUAACUCAGGUGUUAUGAGAAGAAAUUAGCAGAGAAAAUAACUUAUAUGGACUGUAAAUGUUUUAUUUGUAAGGUUCUAUAAAUAAAGCUAUAUUCUGUAAUUGUUGACAA